UUCAAAUAUUGUAAUUUUAUUGUCAGUUUCUUCCUUUUAUGUUCGACAAUUUAUUUAUGAAGAAAAUUUAUAUUUGAAAGAAUGUCUACGCAUAAGAAAUUUAAACGUAAAAUAAGUAAAAAGACCGCCAGAGGUGGUCUUUUGGAUAGGUACAGUCCUUUCACAGAAUUGUUCAAAGUGCCGGCUACAAGUCUGAAGAAAACGGUGAAUGUAUUUGAAAGCUAUCAGCCUGAGCCUGGGGAAUGUUUGGACUAUAAUAUUUCUCAGACUUAUGUAAAAUGGAACGUCGGUGAGACGAACAUCAACGUAACCGAAACUCACGCAGAUUACGUUCCCGCCCCUGAAAGUUUUUCCAAAAGAGAAAAAAACGCAAAUCAUAUACUGGCGUGCCACCUAUUAGCAAGACUGUGGAUGAAAUAUGGCUGGAAGAAAGAGAAUCUUCACAACGGAGAGGCAAGCAGGAGUUCAAGCAGUUCAGGAAGAAGAGGAAGAUCGCUGACGAGAUGAGAGGUAACUGCCUCCACAAUACAGUAUUAGGUAUGGUUGGACCAGAUUGGUAUCAAGAACUUUCCCCAAAGCAACUUGAAACCGUUGAUCAUCUAGAGCGAUGCAUAUUGCAAGAUUAUGUAAGCAAGGGCUACAUCAAUACUAAAGAAAAUAUGGCUGCCUUAGGUUUGGUGUUACGUCCAAAUCAACAAAAACUAGAGAGAGCUUUGCAAAUUUGCUGCGGCGAUCCCGUAGAGUUCCUGCUAACCCUUUAUCAAUUAAGCAAUCCAAAGAGAAAACAAUACUCCGUCAAUGAUAGACUGAUUCUAUCAGCUGUUGUCCAUUUAACUAUGACCUUCACAUUGAGAGAGUUGCAUGUUAGAAUUCCUUCUCCACCAAGGAAACCUAAGGUAGUUCAAGAGGAGCCACAAGAAGUGAAAAAGGCGAAAUAUAAGUCUCCAUAUUUGGUGCCGUACACGUUCAAACCAGAGCCACCAGCUCAUACUGGAGAGUAUAUCAACAGUCAAAUUCAACAUCCUGAAAGUCCGUAUUUUAGUUACCUCGAAGAUCUGGCAGGAGAAAUGGCGCAAAUGAGGGAAGAUCCAAAUCUAGGCAUUAUGAGUAGAGGGCUAGAUGGCACCGAGAUUGUAUAUGAAAUUCAGGCAGCUCAAGACUACUAUAACGAAAUACAUGGAACCAACAAGAACUGUAUUCUGCCACCAACAAUUCUAGUACCUUUAGAAAAAGACCAAAGGAAUGCUAUUGGUGAUACUAAAGCUUUGCUUGAUGACUUAAAAGAAAUGACGGUGAAUGCACCAUUUGUUAAGGUCCAGGGAAUAGUUUUCGUCAACGCUGGGGUGGUCAUCACUAAUUUAGGUAGAGUAUUUUUCGUACAAGGAUCGUAUCAACCAUGUGACCUUGAACAUCCGGUAUAUCAAUACGAAGAAAAAGAACAGAGUUUGUCUGCUUUGAACACAAAUAUUGAAGACGAUUGCUGCAACGUUGGGGAGCAGGACGUUAAAUGCAUACCAGGAGCUCAACAACUAAACGAAUUUGAGGAGUCAGAAAGAGAAAAAUCGCCAGCACCUGCAUGCAACGAAGUACAUCCAACAUUUGAGGACUCGUCAAACGGAGAUGGUUGUAUCUGUACCAGCAAACGGAUAAUUGGAAAACCCUUCAAUGGCGAAGCGCUUUUUGUCAAUGGUGGUAUAGCUAUUUCACGCAUUGGGCCAGCGUACUUGGUCUCCUAUUCUGUGGUAAGGGUUGAUGAGGCACAACCGUUGAGGAGACCGAGAAUAUGCUGUAUGAAGGGUGCUGAGGAUUCGGGAUAUUGGGCAGCCAAAGGUGGGGCCUGCACGUGUGUGGCUCAGCGUAAAGCUGUUCUGAGAAGAUAUCAACACUGUUAUCCUGUUACCUAUGUGAUCGGAGGGAUUGUUAUGACUGAGGUUGGUCCUGCUUAUAUGGUGUCCUCGGUUUGUAAGAAGAAAGAAAUUAAAAAACCAGAAGUAGAAACUGCGGAUCCAGACGCGUGCAAAUGUAAACAAGAAGUUGAUAGAUUUUUGAAACACAGGUGCGAAUGUGAAACGUGUCGAGCUCAAGAAAGACAAGACAACGCUACUUUCAUAAUCGCCGGAAUGAAAGGGCAAGAAAUUGAUCCUCCCAUUCCAAUAAUAUCUGCAUGUGUGUCCCAGAAGAACUGCAACUGCCUGGAGAGAUACAUGGAAAAAUUAAAAACGAUGCAUGAGUACAGGCAGAGACUUGAGACUCGAUGGAGGAUGAUGUCUAUACAGAAUAAGUACGCUAUUGGAGGUGUCGUACAAACGGCCAGAGGUCCUAUGUAUAUGCUGACUGGCAUCAGGCCCCCAAUACAAUGCGCAUGUGCGGAAAUGCUGCGAAAGCAAGACGAAGAGAAGGAAGCUAGGAAGAGAAUGCCCGAACCGCCUCCAGCAGGGAGGAUCAAAUAUCAUAUACAGGGUGUCAGACAAAUGAAAUGCGGGCAGAGUGUGUAUAUUUUAUCACAGGCGCUGCCUGUUGAGCCGUGCCCCUGUGAGGAAUUGUUUAACAGGCAAAUGACCUCUUCUAAAUAAAAGAGGUUUUAGCAAGUACAAAAUGAAUCUGAAGCGCACAAAAAACCAAAACAAAAUAUGGCUACUACUUGGCAUUGACGGAUUCGUCGGAAUUAUGUGUCCUUUGCCGAUAUGGGGAAUUUUGAAAUAUUACUAGAUAUCCAGCCGUUAGUGGAGAUCGCAGAUUUUCAGAAUGAGUUUCACAUGCACUCGUGGACAAAAAGUGCAUCUGAUACGAUAGUAUAGUGUCUCUAUUUUCGCAGGGAGCUUGGGAGGUCAUUUUGUAUAAGAACUUGAGAUUCCAGGGUGCACAUUCAAGAUGCAUGGAUAGAUACAAAAGUUUCAUGAGCAAAAUACAAGAAGCUCAUAAAGACUGGGGCUUAGGCGAGCGUUGGUAUGAGAGCGACCAACCUAUCGAAGAAGAGAGAAAGCCGAAGACUUUGAGAAAGAAGAAGAAAAAGAAAGAUUUCCAUGCAACCUUCAUGUCAGAUUACGAUUACGAUGCACAAUAUUCCGUGACAACUCCAGUGCAAGACAGAUCAUCGAAUAUGAGCUUUCUAACAUGGGACAAUGUAGAUGACAAAAGUAUCGACAUGAGGUAUGAUGAUCGUUUUGACGUCAUCGAUGACCCCUGCGUAAAAACGACGUCGAAAAAUUAUACUGCCAAAAGCGGCACGAGGCUGUCCAGGUCUAAGGAAAAAGUUAGCAAAAAAGCUGUAAUCAUUCCAGAAGAAAAAGAAAGCGAGAUUAAAACUUUUUUCCCGACUAUCGGAGACCUAGAUUGCAGUCCAACAGAUCUUGUACAAGAAGAAAAAAAGAAGAAAUUGGUGGUGUUACAGUGAGCACACAGGAAAGUAAGCUCCCAGAACCAGUUUUUGUGGAGUCCCAAGAGGUGUUGCAACCCCCAGAGCUGCCUGAUAAGCCGUUAUGUAGACCUGAACCUGGAGACGCCUACAACUUUGAAUUGACUAAACCAAAGUCUCCGUGUGAACCGACAGACUUCAUGACGACCCCUUGUUGGGAAUCGGAGGCAUCAUCCAGUGUAGCCAGCACAGCGUCAUGUAGAAGCGAUUGUCAAAGUGCAAAAGCAGGCGCAACUGUUGCUUCGCCCCACAGCAUACCAAAACAGCCAUUGUGCCAGUGUCUUCCCAAGGCAAAAGCAGUUCAUGAGCCAGAUGAGCUUUAUGGCUUCAAGAGAUAUGCUAUACUGAAAAAAAUCCCGUGUGAUGAGAAGGGGCAGAGAAAAAUUUUAAAGAGGGUGCUCGAAAUGAUGGCAGAAGACGGCUUUGUUCUAGCACGGUUGCCAGAUGCCUACAAAUUGCCCCAUUUCAAACUUUGGAUGCAGAUGAGAUGUGGAAAAAUAUGGACAAGGAAAGAUAGAGACAGGUUGAAACUGUUAUCCAUAACGCUGUGGGGACAUACCGAAAUAUGCUACCAGCCUGUAGAUGUUCCACAUCUACGCAUCAGCCAUAAGAGGGCCAAUGCUAUGACUUGGAAUCACGCAAACUAUCUGAGGCAAACGCUUACCGCUAAAUAUGAAGAAUUCCACAGGGCGCUCAGAAAGGCAAGGAUCAACAGUGCAAGAGAAUUUUAUCCAACAACGUUCUCUUACGAAUUUCCCACGCGUACGUUCAGAGAUUGUUACUUUGCAUACUUACCGGCGAGAGAAGAGGACCUUGUUUUUCCUACUAUCGAAGAAAAGAAAUUCCUUAAAAGAUACCAAUGUUACUGCUGAAUCAAACAAAAAUAAAGACAUCUUUGAGAUUU